CACAAUAACAACAACAGAACCGCCAUUGGCCCCCUUUGCUGCCUCCAAAGAUGGCGCUGAGGCAGGCCCUGGGCCGAGGGGCUCGGCUGGGCCGGGGGCUGCUGUGGCGAUGGCUCGGAGGGGCGCCUCAGGCUCCUCCUCCGCCUCUGCCGCCCCGGCCUCCCGCUUCCCAACCCCGGCCAGGCUUCCUACGCGAAGCCGCGGCUCGACUAGGCCUCACUCGAGGCCCGCCGUCGCCGGGUCUGGUCGUCUUCCGGCAAAGGGUCCCCCUCGGACCCCGCCGCCUCGGCUUGGCCUUCAGCCUCGGCCUGGCGUUGCUGGAGCCAGCCCUGGCUGAGCAAAAAAGAGCGGCCGAGGCUUGCCAGGACAUCCAGACCAUAUUUGUCCAGAAGAACAAGCCCCGGAAAGAACCGCUGGGCUUGUUCCGCCAGCAUGGCUUCAAACUGGAAGAGUAUUUCAUCGGCCAAGCCAUCGGCAAAGGCUGCAGCGCUGCUGUGUAUGAAGCUGCCACUCCUUUUGCGACCGGCUGGGAAGGAAGAGAUGGCGGGUCUAAGCCUUGCCAUACUUCGGAUGUUUGCGUUGAUGGAGGGGAAAGCCCUUGCAAAGCCACCAGCUGGAAACCGGGCUUCCCUUUGGCAAUCAAGAUGAUGUGGAACAUUUCGGCUGGGUCUUCAAGCGAAGGCAUCCUCAGCAGCAUGUCUCAGGAGCUUGUUCCAGCCAGCAGCUCUGCCUUCCCUGGAGAAUUUGGAGCAAUCGCUUCUCCCAGGAAACCUGUCGUUGGGAAGAAGAGGCUGAAGCCACACCCGAAUAUAGUCCAGGUGAUCCGAGCAUUCACUUCUACGGUCCCAUUGCUCCCCGGAGCAACGGUGGAUUAUCCAGAUGUCCUGCCCUCCACCCUCAAUCCCUCUGGAAUUGGACACAGCCGCACACUCUUCUUAGUGAUGAAAAAUUAUCCCUACACUCUGCGGCAAUAUCUCUGUGAGAGGAGCCCUUCCCCUCGCCUCGCCACCAUGAUGCUCUUACAGCUCCUGGAAGGCGUGGACCACCUUGUCCGACACGGAGUGGCUCACCGGGAUUUGAAGUCGGACAACAUCCUUGUUGAAAUUGACUCUGCUGGGUUUCCAGGGCUGGUCAUCACAGAUUUUGGCUGCUGCUUGGCUGAUGAAAAGAUUGGUCUGAAGCUGCCCUUUAGCAGCUGGUAUGUGGAUCGCGGGGGCAACAGCUGCCUCAUGGCACCAGAGGUGGUGACAGCUACCCCGGGGCCAGGUGUUGUGAUCGAUUACACCAAGAGCGAUGCCUGGGCAGUCGGGGCGAUUGCUUAUGAGAUUUUUGGCACUGGCAACCCUUUCUACGGCAGAGCGGGGGUGGCUCUGGAAAGCAGAAGCUACCGAGACGAGGAGCUCCCACCCGUGCCAGAAGUGGCGCCCCCUGAAGUGAAGAAGCUGGUGGGACGGUUGCUCCGGCGGGAUCCUGCCAUGAGGCUCUCUGCCCGUGUAGCUGCCAACGUUCUCCACUUGGGCCUCUGGGGCGAAGAUCUCCUCAGCCAGAAGGAGCUGAGACUGAACAAGAUGGUCGGCUGGCUGCUUCACCAGUCGGCUGCCACUUUACUGGUGGACCGCCUCGGAGGCGAGAGCAGCGUCGAAACAAGACUGAAAAGAUGCUUCUUGGCCAACCUGGACUACCAAGAGCUCUGCGAGGCAGCUGCCCUGCUCUGUGCAUGGAGAAGCAUGGCCUUGUAGGACUCAGGUCUCCUCACCACCUUUGCUGCUGUUUCCUUGAGCGUUUCACUAAAAGCACUGGAGGAGCUAAGCCUCACUUUUCUUUAUCUCUACGGGCCUAAAAAUGGCAGAGCCUUCUUUUCUUUAGGUGAGAAGGCGGACCGCGGAGCUGGGGUGUCGUAAGUGCAAUAGACGAUAGAGCUAGGUUUGACAGCAAACAUUAUUCAUUGUGGUUGUGCAUUCAGUCUCUAAAGGAAAUCGGGUCAAUGUACGGUUUUGUUAAACCAGAGGACCUGUCCUUUGCGAGAGUUGAGUGCUUCAAAGUUCCUAGUGAGUUAGAAGAAAGCAAUGAUUAUCUAAAUCAUUUACAGAGGAGCCUUUCCUGUCUCAAAAUUAUUUAUUUUUCCCUAGUCAGAAAAAAACAACAAGAAUGAUGAAAUUGUUGAUCUUUUUUACUCCUUUUCUGCUUAAGUAUCAGAAUGUUUUCCAUUUGGCUUUUGGGAGAGGAGCCUGUGCAAAAAACCAAAACAAAACCAGGCUUCCCGUUAACAGUAUCUCUUUUCUGGAGGGUGUUGAUUCCUUUUACAAAGGAAUGAGUAGAUGAAUAGAUCCAUAGACUGAGUUAUAGCCAAUUCAAGGUGAUGCUGGAAAAUGCAAGGGAGGAGCCACAAAGAGAAAAAUCUACUUUGGUACACAAUGUUGUGAAACUGUAGCAUCACGCCAGGCUAAAAGAGCCACCUCUUAUAUGAGAGAAUAAAGAAACGUUUGUGUUUUUUGAAAGAGUUGGUUUAAUAUUUAGCUUACAGUGAGCGUUCCUAACGCCUCUUGGUAGACUUUGUAGCUGCAAAGUGGCAAGAUUUUUAUUUCUAGUUGUUGGGAGAGUUAAUUAUUUGGUGCAAUAAAGUGGUUUGUUCCUUGAAACACA